CUAGCACAUGCCCACUCUGCUUGGCAAGUCGGCAUGCUCUUCACUCUUCAGGAUCUGUUCAGCUAGAAUAUCUUAGAAUAGAAGCCUCUUUGUAAAAUGGAUCUUACAAGUUUAGAAAAAUUUUACACUUUCAUUUACGACCUUCAUUUCUCGUCUUGUGGUAAAUUUCUGGCCUGCUGUGACAAUUACGGAUACAUCACUCUCUUUAGCGUCGCUAAAGCUCUAGAACCUUCAGCAGCAGGCGCAACGCAAAAACACAUUAAUAAAUGGAGAGGUGAUAAAUCGUCUCUGUAUUGUCUGUCUUCAAGUACAGAGUAUUUGUUUAGUGGUGGAACUGAAGGCGUUAGGUUUUGGCAUUGGAACAAUAUAACUAAACCAAAUUCUUCUUCCACUGAGUUAGAAAAACCUUUUUGUCAUGUGACGCUCCCUAGUUCACCUUUAAAUGAUUUUCAUGAUGUCAACGACCUUGUUUAUGAUGAAAAAAAUAAUAAUUUAUAUGUUGCCUGUGGCUGGAAUGUGUAUUGCUUGGACUGUACUAAAGCACUCGUUAAAGACAUAUACAGUGGGCAUACCAAGUACAUACAUAGUGUGUGUCUCAGACCCGGUACAAACCAAUUUGUCACUGGGUCUGAAGAUGGUUCUGUUAAAAUUUGGGACCCUACGGCUUCUAAGGAAGCAGUUAAUACUAUUAAAAGAAAGGGUGGUAAUAAAGAUGCAUGGAUUAGUUCAGUAGCCAUUGAUAGUUCAGGAGAAUGGAUGGUGGUGGGUGGGUUGACUCCUCCCACCUUAUACAAGAUGGGAUCUCUAAGUCGAAUAGUUGAAUUCGAUGUACCAAAGAAUGUCAGUACUACGGUUUUGAAAUUUGCAGCUGGACAGAUAUUGAGUGCUGGCUCAGAGAGUGUGGUCCGCCAUUGGAAGGUCAAUGGUGAAGCUGUCAGAAGUGUACCAGUCAGCAGCACCAUAUCUCAUGUUCUCUCAAUCGCUCAUAAUACAGGAGGGUCUUCACAGCAUGAGGUGCUUGCAGUUAGUGGAGAUUCACCAAACAUUGACAUUUUCACACAUUUAGGAUACAAAGCAUUCACUCUUUCCUUAUAGCAACUGAAUUUAUUAUCAAUUAAUUCCUUAUUAAUUCUUUAUCAUUAUUGAUAAU